CUCUACUGGCGACUUCAUCCAUCCUCGCGUAGUCAAGGAGGCAUCCCUCUACACAUCUUCCUACUCCUCCACURUCACUGUCACCCUUGGCGACAACCAGGCCAAAUCCUUCGUCGAUUUUGUGGUGCCUGAUCUUCCAUUUUCCUUUCCCUUGCGGAUGCCCCRUAGCCUUCGCAAGGCCCCCCGGUUCCAUGACCAGUGGACUUUCGACGUCAUGGAAACCAUGUAUGACAUUAUUUUCGGCACUGCCUACUCACAUAAAUUUGCUCAUUCUGGCCCUGAUUGGGUCCACAACGACCGCGUCCUCUACACCAAGGACGAUCAAGGGUAUCGUAUUCCGUUGUUGGGCAAAUCGGACCCUACACCUCCUCCCCCUGUUAAUGUCUCCAUUCUGACACCUACUCACUUUAACCACAUUCUUCGCCAGCCGGAUGCCGAACUUUACAUUGUUGACAUCACGGAUCUUCUUACCUGCAACUCCAUGCAUCAAGACGUGGAAUUGGUCGAGCUCGAUCCACCACCCCCCGAGCCUCCAGAUCCUCCUGAUUCGUCGGCUCCUUCCAUUUCCACGUGCUCAUCGCACUUUGUCGCGUCCUUUGACAGGGAGACACCAUCCGCACCUAUCCCUACGCCGACUCCUUCCACUCCUGCUUCAGACGCUGCUGCUGCUAAGGAAUUUGAUGACCUCCUAGCGACAUUGCAGCCAAGCGUCGCUACUCUCCUUCGCGAGUAUCGCGAUGUCUUUCCUUCAUCUGUCUCCUAUAGUAGCAUUCCUCCUAUGCGUGACAUCGAGCACCGCAUCCAACUCGAACCGAACUACCGUAUCCAGCAUCGAGCCCCAUACCGCCUCUCGGUCCCCGAAGCCCAGGAACUUAAACGCCAGAUCGACGAGCUGCUUCGUCAGGGCUUCAUUAAACCGAGCACGUCACCGUGGAGCGCACCAGUCCUCUUUGAUCGAAAGAAGGACGGCGCCCUCCGCCUUUGUCUCGAUUACCGCGGCCUCAACCAGUAUACGGUCAGAAACAGUUAUCCCAUGCCCUGCGCAGAUGACCUGUUCGACCGCCUCGCUGGCAACCACUUUUUCACGAAGAUUGAUCUUCGCAGCGGAUACCACCAGAUCCGCGUGGCCAAGGAGGACCAGCACAAGACCRCGUUYCGCUCUCGAUUUGGACACUACGAGUUCACUGUCAUGCCGUUCGGCCUCCGUAACGGUCCUGCCACCUUCCAGAUGGCUAUGAACACGAUGUUCCAGGACCUUCUCGAGGACUUUGUUCUAGUCUACAUUGAUGACAUCCUGAUCUACAGUCGUACCUUAGAGGAGCAUAUGACCCACCUCCGCACUGUCCUCSAGCGAUUAUGCGACCACGGAUUCUAUGCGAAGCUCUCCAAAUGCGCCUUCRCUCAAUCCAAGGUCGACUUUCUAGGACAUCAGGUCUCCGAGCAUGGACUCCACAUGGACGACUCGAAGAUCCAGGCUAUCGUCGAGUGGCCUACACCUACUUCUCUUCCUGCGCUACGUAGUUUMUUGGGGUUGACCAACUACUACGGUCAUUUUCUUAAAAACUAUGCGCAGUACUCUUCACAGCUGACUCCUCUGACCCGCGGACGUCUACCCUUCCAUUGGACCCCGGCUCAUGAGGAUGCCUUUCGCUCUCUGAAGCGACUYGUCACGUCAGCCCCUGUCCUACACCUACCCGACUACUCCCGCCCAUUCAUCGUCACCACCGACGCGUCCGACUUUGCCAUAGGAGCUGUCCUCUCCCAGAUUUACCCAGCCCCUUCUACUUCUCCCGACCCCACAGAGUCUCGUCUCCCUCGCAUUCCUCGCUUUCCCCCCCCACCCUCAGCGACUGCGGCUCGACUUGCACCUAUCGAGCCCACCCCCUCAKGGGCUCCACCUCCCUACACCCCUGACAUCACUGAUGACGGCACAGUGGAGUCGCGCGAUGGAGAGUGCCCAGUUGCUUAUCUAUCUCGACAGCUACUUCCUGCUGAGCGUAACUACACUGCUGACGAGCGUGAGGUCCUCGCGGUGGUUUACGCUAUUAAGAAGUGGCGUCAUCACUUACACGGUCACACAUUCACCGUCCUGACGGACAACUCUGUCCUCGCCGCUUUCCAGACGAAGCCGAAGCUUACCCCUCGCCAGGCUCGUUGGUGGCGUGAUCUCGCAGAGUUCGACUUUACCAUCAAGAAGAUUACUGGGGAAAGCAAUCGCGUAGCUGAUGCCUUAUCUCGCCGCCCCGAUCUUCACUGGCGGUGCCCGUUUGAUGGUUUCCAUUGAGCCCGGUGUCGUGCUGUUACUCCCCCCCCUGAGCCUGAUGMCCCUUACCUGGUUGUGCGAGUGCCCCYUUGGAG